AGGCUGUCAAAAACCAAAAAAACAAAAAACAAAAAAAAGAGAAACAACACAACACCCGAGUUAAAGGAGUGCGAUCGCCGUGUAGGAGUGUAUGACCAGAGAUACCCACAUGCUGAAGCGCCGAGACGCAACGCCCUAGUAGGAGCCCGACAUGACUUCUCCUAAGGGAACUGCUCCGUUUGAAGCCUCGCCUCGCGACAAAACGGACUCCGAGAGCGAGGAGAGCAGAGCCGCCGAGGAGAAGAGCAAGCCGAGCCGCCACCCGUUCAGCGUCGAGUCGCUCAUCUCCAAGCAGAACACCUGCAGGAGUCCGCGCUCUCCUCCUCCUCCUCCUGCUGCUGCUCCUGCUCCUCCAGCGCCUUUCCCAGAGCACCUGGGCCAGUACUCUCACUCUCAGAGGACUUACUUCCCACAGAAAAGUCAGGUCUCAGCUGAAACCUUUAACCAUCAUGUCUCGGACUGUCUAAUCGACGAGAGCGAAGACUCGAGUGACAAGGAACAGAGCACUUGGCUGAAGAGCCCAACUUUCUCAUCACCGCAGAGAGCUGCAAGUCCUCCUUCGACAUGCCACCUGCGCAAGCACAAGACCAACCGCAAACCGCGCACCCCGUUCACCACGGCGCAGCUGCUGGCGCUGGAGCGGAAGUUUCGCCAGAAGCAGUACCUGUCGAUCGCCGAGCGCGCGGAGUUCUCCAGCUCUCUGAGCCUGACCGAGACGCAAGUGAAGAUCUGGUUCCAGAACCGACGCGCCAAGGCCAAGCGGCUGCACGAAGCCGAGCUGGAGAAACUGAAGCUGGCCGCUAAACCCGCACUGCCCGCCGCGCUGGCCUUGCCUUUCUCUCUGGCCGCGCACGCGCCUCCAGCCAUGUACGGCGCCGCCGCCGCGUCCGCGCUCCCGCGCCCGAGCCUCGCCGUGCCCGCGAUCUUCGGCUCGCCUUAUGGAAUGUAUUACUUAUCCUAAUAAUAACCCAGAACCCACGAGAACUGCGCGGUUUCCAUCGUGCCUGUUUGUUUUAAAGACUUUCCCUAAUGUGCAGUUGCAAUAACUUUUACAAAACAAAUGACUCCGAUACCUCUGCCUCCAGAUUUGUACAUUUGGAGAUUUGGAGAUGUUAUUUUAUUUUGUUUUGUUUUGUUUUGUUUUUAAAGCCAUCUCCUCAAAUAGCCUUAAAACAUAAGAAUGCCAGAUAAAUGUCUGACGAAAUGCAAUGAUUAGUAUAUGUGUGAUGUAUAUAUUCAUGCUCUUGUGGAGCAGGUUCUUCUGUAUUGAUGUAAAAACAAAAAUCUCUGGGGGUUUGUCCGUCAUGUGACGAGAAGUACUUACUGGCCUAAUCUUUAAAAAGUGCCUUGAAAGACCAAAUAUUUAUUAGUCAAUAAAGAGUAUUCUUUUUAACGUUUAAUUUCUUCUCCUUUAUUGUGGCUGUGGGAUGUUUAUGGUGCAUUUAGCAAAAACAGCAUCAAUAAGAACAUCAUUAUCACCAUCAUCAACAACAACAACAACAACA